GAUCUUGCAAACAAAAUCGCUCGACUUGCCACAUAUUUGCCACUCGGGUCAUACGUAAUCUACUCGGCAUUGGAGACAUUUGCAUACUCACUUGGUUCAGACACGCCAACUACAAUAAAUACUUUUUACAACACCACCGUAAGCACAUCACGAGAAAACUACACUUGUCUAAUUAGCGUGCCAAUUAGCACGGGUACUCCUUCAUGUAAUAGCAAUCAAAAAGCUGCAUUGAUUGUUGCGUUGUGUGUUGGAUUCUUUCUAGCGUUUUUUUUGUCGUUUGUUAAACGAAUUCCUACUGGUGGGACCCCACCUCUUUCGAAACAAAAUGGUAUCGAAAAGAGAAGAUUGCGAUCAGGUGUUUUAUAUGCUAACGGUUCUGAUUACUACAUGGAUAUUGGACAUUCCUUGAUAUGGGGUCAUGCGAUGGUCUCUGUAGUUGCAUUUGCUACAUUAACGCUUUUUUCAAAUGGCGUCAGUAAAUGCCUUUUCCCCGAGAUUAAAAGUUGGAUAUUCGUGAUAUCACAAAUAUUGGGUCUCUUUAUUUGCUCAUUGAUCGGGAUGUUUUGGAUACGCGAUGCGAGUCUGGGAAUUGAAACUUCAGUUUACGCAGCAAUCGCAUCACCCGCAUCACCCACAUCACCCACUACUCCCGCAGCUCAACAAUUAUUGUCCGUUUCCGCUCUUUCCAGGGAUGUUACUCAUCCAGAGAUAGUUGAAAAAUUUAACAAUACCCAAACUGACACUGAAAGCAUUUACACCAUAGUGACAUCCAAAAUACUAGCGAGAUUUGGUCUAGAAUAUGAUUGGGAGCUUAAAACUCGGAUGAUGGGACGUCGUGACCGUGAUGCUGCUGAGAUAUUGAUUCGAGAAACUGGGCUCGAUAUGACUGUAGAUGAUUAUUUAAGAGAAAGAAAUGCGGAACAAGUUAAACUGUUUCCACAUUGUAAAAUAUUACCCGGUGUAAUGAGACUUGUGAAACAUCUCAAAUCUCAUAAUAUACCAAUUGUGGUAGCAACUAGUUCUCUUCGUGGACACUUCAACUUAAAAACUAUCAACCACCAAGAAUUAUUUAGUCUAUUCAUGGGCGUAGUAUGUGGUGACGAUCCAAACAUCAAAAACGGGAAACCUGCACCUGAUCUAUUUCUUGCGGCACACAAGCUUCUCGGAAAUCUACCAAAAGAACAGUGUCUGGUUUUUGAAGAUGCAGUCGUUGGUGUCAAGGCAGCAAAGAAUGCCGGAAUGCAUGUUGUUUGGGUACCCGAUCCUCGUACUUUGGAAAUCCUAUCACGUAGCUUAAUGGAGUAUGAGUUGGUUUACGGAUUAUCUCCGAUUCUCAGUUAA